AUGGCAAGUGGUCAUGAUCAUACAGGGCAAGACCAGUCCCAGGCCAUCGUUGAAUCCAAUACAAACACCACUGCUACUGUAAGCACCAGUGGUGAUGAUCAGACAGGGCAAGGCCAGUGCCAGGCCGUGACUGAAUCAUUGGAUGCUAGAAAUCUAUUAUAUGGCACAGAGCCGACUGCGUCAGAGCACAAUUGUGUAUACAAAGCUGUACCCCAGUCUCAGAACAUCACAAACACAGCUGCCGUAAUGACGAGUGGUCAUGAUCAGACAGGACCGAGUCAGUAUGUGGCCAUCGCUGAAUCCUUGGAUGAAAGAAAUAUUUCUUAUGGCACAGGGCCGACUGCUUCGCAGCUAAAUUCUCAGUACAAAACAGCAACUGUAAUGACCAGUGGUCAUGAUAACACAAGACAGGGUCAGUCUCAGGCCAACACUGGAUCCAACUCAAACACCACAGCUACAGUAAUGACCAGUGGUCAUGAUCAGACAGGGCAGGGUCAGUCUCAGGCCAACACUGGAUCCAACUCAAACACCACAGCUACAGUAAUGACCAGUGGUCAUGAUCAGACAGGGCAGGGUCAGUCUCAGGCUAAUGAUCAAUCUCUAAAAGUGGGAAAUUUAUCACAUAACGAAGUGCUAGCUGCCUUAAAGCCAAACCCUAUGUAUGUCGAUGUGAGAACACCACCAAAGGACGAAGCAUCUACCAGUAUCCAUGAUCAGACAGAGCAUAAUCAGUCUCAGGCUAAUAAUCAAUCUUUAAAAGUGGGAAAUUUAUCACAUAAUGAAGUGCUAGCUGCCUUAAAGCCAAACCCUAUGUAUGUAGAUGUGAGAACACCACCAAAGGAAGAAGCAUCUAGAGAAAUGGCCAGUAUCCAUGAUCAGACAGAGCAGGAUCUGCAUCAGUCUCAGGCUAAUAUUCAAUCUCUAAAAGUGGGAAAUUUAUCACAUAACGAAGUGCUAGCUGCCUUACAGCCAAACCCUAUGUAUGUCGAUGUGAAAACACCACCAAAGGACGAAGCAUCUAGAGAAAUGGCCAGUAUCCAUGAUCAGACAGAGCAGUAUCAGUCUCAGGCUAAUAUUCAAUCUCUAAAAGUGGGAAAUUUAUCACAUAACGAGGUGCUAGCUGCCUUAAAGCCAAACCCUAUAAAUACAGAUGUGAAAACACCACCAAAGGACGAAGCAUCUACAGAAAUGGCCA